GGGAAACCGCUUUUCCGCCUGGGGCCUAGCACGGCUGGCGCCGCUAAAAGGAGGACCGGAACGCGCCGUGCGCAUUGCUGGCGGUGGCUUCCGCGGCGCGCUUGUUAGUCAGGGCCCGACGCCAAAGGGACGGGAGUGGAGCAGGAUGCUGGGUGCAUGUGGCAUGCAGAAAUGUCACCAAGAAGUGUUGAAAAAGAACCGUAUAUUCCUAGCAAGUCAGCUAGUGUUGAAGGAAUUAAUGGAACAUCUUAUAGAAAAGGAUAUUAUCACAGAAACAAUGAUGGAGAUGAUAGAGGCGAAGUCUGGAAAUUUUAGCCAAAACAUAGAAUUCUUGAAUUUGCUUCCGAAAAGGGGCCCCAAAGCCUUUUCAGCCUUUUGUGAAGCUUUACGAGAAACUAAACAACAGCACUUGGAAGAAAUGCUCUUCAGCACUAUCCCCUGCCAUAGGACUGAGGCUGUAAAGCGACCUCAUUGCUAUGAUCAAAAUUUCCCAUUUCCAGUGCCUGAAUCCUGUGUCUCCCAGAAAAGACUAUAUCCGCAUAAUGCAGAGCCCAUGGAGCAUUCAUUAGAUGACGGAGAUGGCCCUCACUAUCCUCAGGUGAAACCAUGCACUCCAGAAUUUUAUCGCACUCAUGUGCACUUGGCAUACAAGUUGAAAUCACGCCCGCGAGGCCUGGCUCUUAUCCUUAGCAAUGUGCACUUCAGCAGUGAGACUGAUCUAGAGUUGCGUUCUGGAGGAAAUGCGGACCAUGCUGCUCUAGAUAAGCUCUUCAAGCAUCUUGGAUACCAGGUGGUUGUACAACAUGAUCAGACUGCACAGGAAAUGAAAGAACAGUUGGAAUUUUUUUCAAAGCUUCCAGUUCACAGAGACUUAGAUUCCUGCAUAGUAUCACUUCUUUCACAUGGCAUAGAGGGUGGAGUCUACGGAGUGGAUGGGAAGCUACUUCAGCUGCAGGAAAUUUUCACGCUUUUUGAUAAUGCGAAUUGUCCUAAUCUUCAGAAUAAGCCUAAAAUGUUCUUCAUCCAGGCAUGUCGGGGAGAUGAGACGGACCGUGGAGUGGAUCAGAUAGAUGGGAAUGACCGGGCCAAUUCUCCUGGUUGUGAAGAGAGCGAUGCCAACAAGAAGGAAAAUCCUAAGUUACGCCUCCCUACCUGCUCUGAUAUGAUCUGUGGAUAUGCCUGCCUGAAAGGUACAGCUGCUAUGAGAAAUACCAAACGUGGAUCAUGGUAUAUAGAAGCUCUCACUUCUGUGUUUGCUGAGGAUGCCAGAAACGUGCAUGUGGCUGACAUGCUGGUCAAGGUGAACAGAUUGAUCAAACACCGUGAAGGCCAUGCCCCUGGCACAGAGUUUCAUCGUUGUAAGGAGAUGUCAGAGUAUUGUAGCACUCUCUGCCAAGACCUUUACCUAUUUCCAGGGAUAGUUUCUGAGAAUUAACUCUGUUGUUCUUUUGGCAAUGAUUUUUUUUCCUGUUCCUGUUCAGCAUUCAUGAAAUACUCCUACGGUUGCCUCUAGAUGUUUAUGAUCUACAGUAUCUUCCUUCAUGAAUGACAGUGAAAAUUUGACUGAUGAGCUAUGGCAUAUGCUAUUUGCUUUAUUUCUGUUUUUUUUAAAAAACAUGAGAUAUCCUAAGCUAUAAUCUUUAAGUAAAUAAUGCCUGGCCAUGCCAAAUUUCUUACGCUGUGUGCAGAGUUUGCUAAUAUUACUCUUUGGAGUAGGAUUUGGCCAUUGUUCUGGGGGUUUUCUCCCCAUGUGCCAAAAACAAAUUGAUGGGGAGCACUUUAAUGAUUUUAUGUAAGUGUUUGUAGAAAAUGUGAGUUUGAAAUUUCGUGUAAUUAUUUUUAUAAAGAAAAAGAUAUAAAACAUUUUUUAAAAGCUAAACGUUGAAUUAUUUUUUAAUUUGAAUUGAUGUAUGGUUGCCCAUAGCAGUAGGCUUGAAAGGGAGCCCUAACUCUAAAAAUAGAGGCUGUGCAGACUAUGAAGGCCAAGUUAGAACGGUAGGCCAGUGCUAAUAAUGUUGCUUUAUAUGUAGAGAUAUUCAAGCAGUCACUAAGCCACUAGUUUUUGUUAUAAAACUUUUAUUAUACGCUUGCUGGUUAACUAUACUUUCUACAGUGGAAUUUGAUCAUUCUUGCAGAAAAUUGAGAGCAGGACUUGGAAAUAAUCUCAGCGAUUUUUCAUUCUCCAAGAUACUUCUGGUUACAUAAAAUUAUAUUUCUAAGUUGUAAUAGCUUUAGCUUAUGAUUUCAAAUGUUCAUAAUACUACCUGUUUAUCUGAUACUGAUUUGAAGUAAUACUUAAGAUUUCACUAGACAACAUAAGUACUGUACGCUGCCAUGGAUUAACCUACCUUUAUCCUGUUCUGAUUGCCUAUGUUCUUUCUAUCUUGUCCUGAAGUUUGUUGUGGGGAGGAAAGGGUUAAAUACGUAUUCAGUGUUUCCUGGAGUCCUGAUAACUACCUGCUCCCUUCAGUGAAUAGCAUUAUUUUGAGUGAAAGCCUUCUGUUUAUUAUUGUGCUUAUUAUUUUUUAUAGUGUUUUAAAAAUUGUUUUGAAACAGUUUAUCAUUUAACAUAAACUGGAAGUGCUUUUAAUGUAGAAUAGGAAAUAUUUUGCUCUUCUGCUUGUAAGGAUGCCUGGACAGGCACAGGAUAGAAAGUAGAGAGGAAGAACCCAUCAUUUUUCAGAAUCUAGUUCUGCUUACUGUAAAUGGCCCCUUGGGUGGGACCUAUCGUGUCUUUGACUUUCCAGUGGUCUUUGGAAAUAAAGGACAGUUUUCUUGAUAUGUGUGAAUAUACUCUUUAGUAACCUAACAAUCCAGGCACUCAGUAGCUCCAGUAAUUAGAUUGGUAGCUCCUGGAUCUGCUGCUGUGCUUGAGAAAUAGCUCUCUUUCCUGUAUUUAACUUGAAACCUUUGAAAGUACUUUUGAAAUAUUUUGUGCUCUUUUAAAGAAAAACUUAUUUUUGUAUUUUUUAAAAAAAACAUGUUUCUGCAACCAAAGUGACAAGUUUUCAAAUCACUGCCUAUACAUUGUAUAUGAAUUGCUUUCAUAUAUGCCAAAAUAAAAAG